CGGCGGUCUGAGCUUAUGCCUUGAAAGCCUUCGUUUGGAUCCUCUGCGGUCGUGACUUACAGCAGCAGCUUGGAAAGCGUGCUACGCAUGUACCCGACGGUGUUGCUGGGAGCGUGACGGCACUGGGUUUAACGGGCUCCUUCGGCUUUCCGAUGGCAUACACCACACUUCUUCCCCAAUACGUAAAUACGGCAAUCAGGGAUCGGAACUACUACGCGAUGUCGGCUUUGGUCUCCAUCCGCCUUGUUCAUGAACCUGCGUAUCUGUUGGUUGUACCAGACUUGUUGGUGUCGACUAUUCCCUCACGAGACCAAUCUGCAGGAACAUCCUUGAUCCCUGUCAACUGACAGCUGGCCGGCGGUGCGAGGGUCAAUGUGUAACGUCCAGUCAUAAAACAACUGCACCUGAGCGCGAGUCGAGACGACAUUUUCAUCACUGCGCCAGCUGCUUAACUCCCUCAUGUUGGACGCAUGCACUGCGUCCCCUCUUCUUCAAGAUGGCAGCUUCUCACACCCAUGGCAGCGGCGCUUCGGAGUCUUUCACCAGUGACAUGGAAAAGGCCCGCGAGCUCAUCAACGGCCGUAUCGACAGCCUGACUGAUGAUCUCCGCGAAAAGGUCAACAAGGUCAUCCACGGCAAUCCCGAGCUGGGCUUCAAGGAGGUGAUUGCGCACGAAACCCUGACCUCGUACCUCGAGCAGCUCGGCUUCGCCGUGAAGCGCAGCACGUAUGGCCUCGAUACUAGCUUCGAGGCCACUCUCGGCGAGGGCGGUCGACAGGUCGUCAUCUGUGCCGAAUACGACUGCUUGCCCGGUAUAGGCCAUGCCUGCGGGCACAACCUCAUCGCGACGUCCUCCAUGGCGGCUUUUUUGGGUGCAGCACACGCCAUGGCGACGCUCGGGGUCCCCGGACGCCUUCGAAUCCUCGGCACCCCGGCCGAGGAGGGCGGUGGCGGCAAGGCCGUCCUCAUCGACAACGGAGCCUUCGACCCGCGCGACGAUGUCGCCGCGGCCAUCAUGGCGCACCCGCUGGCCCAGCACUCCCUGCCCGGCGCGGCGUCUGGCCACACCGGACUUGCAGGGCUCCGGCUUCUCGCCUGCUUCAAGUUCCAAGUCGAGUUUCGCGGACAGACGGCUCACGCCGCCGCGGAGCCUUGGAGCGGCACCAACGCCCUGGACGCGGCCGUGGCUGCGUAUAAUAACGUGUCCAUACUGCGACAGCAGAUUCGUCCUGACGAGCGCAUCCACGGCGUCAUCUCCAAGGGCGGCGACGCGCCAAACGUCAUACCCGACUUUACCAGCAUGAGCUGGUUUGUCAGAGCCCCUGCCAUGGGUCGCGCCGAGAUACUUUUUGAGCGCGUCAAGCGGUGCAUCGAGGCAGCUGCGUUGGCGACCGGCUGCACGCAUAAAAUCGUCAUGACGCCAACAUAUGCCAGUCUUAGAGCCAACGAUACACUUUGUCGGUCCUAUGCCGAGGACAUGGCUCACAUUGGCGAAAAGGUGCUCGUUCAUCAGGAACAUCCAUUGACCGCAUCGACCGAUAUGGGCAAUGUCUCGCAGAUUGUACCAAGCUUUCACGGCGCGUUUGCGGUCCCUACCGCGCCAAACGUAGCCAUACAUAGCCCGCAGUUUACGGCAGCUGCGGCGACAGAUGAGGCGCACGCGGCCGCCAUUCGUGCUGGCAAGGGAAUGGCCAUGCUAGCACUGCGGGUUCUGUUGGAUGGAAGCUUGGCUGAUGCGGCGCGGAGGGACUUUGAGAAGUCGGAGGAGCUAUAA